AUGGUCCUAUUUGCACCCCUCGCAAUCUUUUUCAUUCGCGUCAUUGGUGGAGCGAACCACGGUCUAACAAUCGACUAUUCACUGGCUGCAAAAAGCGUUGGCGUAUUCCUUGGUAUCCCUCUGGGAGCAGCCAUCGUCACCCGUUUCUCCCUUAGGUUCCUGAUCAGCAGAGAGUGGUACGAUAAGCAUUUCUUGAAAUGGAUUAGCCCACUGUCUCUGAUCGGCUUGCUGUUCACCAUCCUGGUUCUGUUCGCGUCACAGGGGCGACAUGUGGUCCACCAGAUCGUAUCGGUUAUCCGAGUAGCGGCUCCUCUGGUCGUCUACUUCGCUGUCAUCUUUGGUGCCACUCUUGCCGUAACACGCCGCUGCGGUUUCGGAUACAGAUUGUCUUGCACGCAGAGUUUCACUGCUGCCAGCAAUAACUUUGAGCUCGCUAUCGCAGUCGCGAUAGCAACAUUUGGCGUGGAUAGCGACCAGGCUUUGGCAGCAACAGUUGGACCUCUCAUUGAGGUCCCCGUGCUUCUGGGAUUGGUAUAUGUGGUCAAGUGGGUUGCCAAAAGACAAAAGUGGGCUCCUUAA